GGCGCAAGUGCACAGUGCAGCAUCGUACGCGCUAAUGUUUCGUUUAAAUCCCCUAAAUCUCAAGUGUCUAUGCUAAUGACUGACAGGGGAGAUGGCAGCACGUGAAAAAAAGCCAGCUGCAAGCAAACAGUUGGGAAACCGUAGAGAUGCUGACAGUAGCAAAACUUCGUUGACAGUUUCGACUAUAAAGAAAUUUAAUAGUUUGGCUGAUGCAAAGAAGGACCUGCUGAAGCUAUCGGAGGAUGUAGCUUCAGCCACAAAGAAACCAAUACCUGGAGCAUUUGUACGGCGGAGGAAAAACUCUGUCGCCUCUGUUGCAGCUUCGGAGCCAGGGGUCGGAACAUUGAAUUCAAAGAAUUUGCUGACAAGUUCUUCGAAGAUUAACCCCAGGGUAGUUGCUAAGAAAUCUGGCAUUGGUGGCAAUAAGAUCACGCGAAUUCGUGCCGACUCUCUGGUGACCAAUGGUGUUACCUAUAAAUCGCCAUAUGGGACGCGAUCUGAUUCCAAAGGGCUGCGUAGUGGAAAGCGUCGAGAUGGGAAAGGACUUAUAGAAUUUGGCGAACGGCCACUCGAAUACAGUCUCAAGAAACGACGCAUAACGGUCGGUCCUACAUCAAGUGCCAGCGUACCGACUUCUGCAAAUACCACGCCAUCGCAGACUCCGCCGGGAACGCCAGUGGUGAAAAGUGCUCCAAACUCGGAGCCGCCGCAGCAGAGUCGGCCGCGCCUCCUGUUGACUGAACUGCCCAAGACGCAACCCCUGAUAUCGUUCGAUUCCCCAUCCCAGUUUCUGCGACGCAACAGCGACAGUGUGGGAGGCGGCUCCGCCAGCAGCCCGGGCGGCACCGAGGGUAUUGACGGGGUGGAGGUGGACGGGCCAGACCCUGUGCUGGGGCGCGCCAUCUCGAGCAAGAUCACGGCACUGAUCAAGCGCAGCAAGGCUACCGCCAUCCUGCAGAAGUUCAGUGAGAUGCGGGCCGAGCGCAAAGCGGCCGAGGCCGCUGCCACGCAGCUGCAAGCAAAGGCCGGCGGCUGCAGCUGCAACAAGCCGGUGGACACAAAUUCCAACCUGUGUACCGACAAUGUCAAAGUGAAGGAGGACUCUCCCAAUAAAAACAUUUCUCCUGUGUCCCGUGGCACAGUUGCCAAAAAGACUGUAAGUGAGGGGCAGAAAACUUCAAAUUUGGUGGACCAGAAGUCAAGUGCUAAAACGGAAGGUAAAAAUGUUUCAAAGACACCAGUGGCAGUAAAGGAAGUGAGCUCUAAAACAGAAAGUAAAGAUGUUCCAAAGACACCAACUACAGUAAAAGAAGUGACUCCUAAAACAGAAGGUAAAAAUGUUUCAAGGACACCAGUGAUAGCAAAGGAAGAAAGUGCUAAAUCAGAAGGCAGAAGCAUUUCAAAGACUCCGGUGACAGUAAAGGAAGCAAGUGCUAAAGCAGAAGGUAAAAGUGUUUCAAAGACAACGGUAGCAGUAAAAGAAGCAAGUGUUAAAGCAGAAGGUAAAGAUGUUCCAAAGACACCAAUGGUAGUGAAGGAAGCGAGUGCUAAAAUGGAGAGUAAAGGUGUUUCAAAGAAAGUGGUGGCAGUAAAGGAAGCAAAUGUUAAAACGGAAAGUAGAAAUGUUUCAAAGUCACCGAUGGCAAUAAAGGAAACAAGUGCUAAAACAGAAGGUAAAGAUGUUCCAAAGACACCGGUGGCAGUAAAGGAAGUGAAACCACAGCCUCUCAAAAGUGUGUCAUCAGCAACUAAUGUGAAGACUGCAAGUCCUACAGUGAACUGCAAACAGAAGGAAAACACUCCCGUGUUCGCAAGCACUAUGAAACCGAUUUCACCCGUGAAAUCACGCAGCCCCAGUACGAAAGCCAUCUCAGGAAGUGGGAAGACGGACAGCGUCCAGGAUACAGACACAGAAGGGGAGCCAGGCGAGCCGAGCUUCCCGCCUGAGGGGCGCGUACGGCCAGGCAUGCCCCGACCGGACACCCCUCGUCCAAAAUUCUCACGGAGCCACGUGGAGCCGACAAAGAAGCUGGCCAUCCGGCGGCUGGAAGUCUCAGAGGGCCUGGGAGUUCCUCUCGGUGGUACUGCCGUGCCACUCGGUUCGCGCUUAACACGAAAGAAGAAGGCCGGCAAGACAGGUGGCCUAGAGAUGGGGGAGAGGGCGGCCAAGAGGAAGCGGAUGUCUUCAGUGUCGGCCGCCGCGAUGGGUGGGCUCAGCAGGCAGCGGCUCGUGAGAGCAGGUCCGUCGGGCGUAAUCAAUAGGACAGGGCUAUCAGCAGUCAUCAAGAGGGCUCGCGGCCGGCCAUUUGUCAGAGCUGCCACGCCUAUGCCGGCAGUCAGGCGGACCCCCAGUACUUCUCCAGAGAAACUGGAGAACGGAACUACAGUGAAGAAGACAGAGGAGGCUGCUGAUAGCAAACAGGUGCCGAAGACAGUUGUCAAAGUAAAAACAGACCUUCCAGACAGCGUGUUGGAAACCAAAAGUGAAAAACUCGUAAAUGGUGAUUUAUCACCGGGGAAACCGCUUAUAGACCAGUUGAAGAAUAAGCUAUCGAAGCUUUCGAAGGAGAGCAAAGCUGACAUUAAAGAACUAACAGAUGACACUGGCUCCAAAUACAAUCUUAAAAACUUGGUUAAUGAUGUGGAAGAUCAGAGUCAUGUUAGUCUGAAAAGUUCUAAAGAGUCUGAUCACCUGUGCCUUAAGGAUGUAUGCAAACAGAGCAAGCUGCAUGCCGACUCGUGUAAAGUAAAACUGGAGGACUCGCUAGAUACCGGGAAAUUGCUAGUGAAAAAAGUUAAUGCUACUGCCAAAGAGUUGUGUGACUGCAAGUUGCCUUGCAGUAAAGAAGCCAAAUACGCUACUGAUGAAAGUUCCUUAAAAUUGGAGAAGAAAGAGACUGUGUUUUGUAAUAAAGUUACUGAUACCAAAGAUGACAGCGAGAGAAGCUGUGCAAAUUCAGCGGCUGAGGCUGGUGCUGCAACCAAAGAUGUGGAAGCUGUAGUAGUAAAAGAAAAGGAAGAUGUAGUAAUGAAAGAAGUGGAGGAAAUUGUAAUGAAAGAAGCUGAUGUGCCUUUAGUGAGUGAUGUUAGAGAAGACUGUGUAAAUAUGGAUGUGGUAUGUGAUAACUCCCAAAAGAUGGAGGUUGAAAGAAUGGAUGUGCUGUGUGAUCACUCCCCAAAGAUGGAGGUGAAAGAGACUGAAAAGAGUAAUUGUGAAAAUUCUCCUGUGAAUAAUAAUGUUAUAGACUCACUUAUUAAGACUGCAAGUAGUGAGAGUGUGUGUGACAGCGUAGGAGUGUCGUCUUGUGCUAAUGAUACCAAAGAUUCUUCCAGUACUGAACUUCCUCCAGUCACGAACAUGGCAUGUACUGAACUCCCACCAAUCUCCAAUGCUGAUUCUGCCAAUAAUGCUCAGACAACACAGUCAACUAAUGAUAAAGGUGAGACAGUACAAAGUGAAACUGUUGUGGAAAUAGUGGAGAAGAAGAGUAUUGACACUAAUGAAGGUGCAGCUUUGAAAACUCCAGAAGUAAAACAGAAUCUCACAUCAGAAAGGAUAAGUUCGAGCCCUGCCAAAUGUAAUUUCGAUAGUGCAGUCGCACCGACCGCAACUAAAUGUGAUGUCGGGGCAAGUGGCCCUGUUUUGAAGGAGUCUAAUUCGGAAUCGGCGUGUGACAGGACUGAAAGUGACAGUGCGGAAAAUGUUAGAACAGUGCCAAAAGAAAGCAAAGUCUCCAGUGUGCCACCUGCUAUACCAGUCAGUAGCGCUGUUGUGAGGAUAGUAGAUGAUGCGAUGACCAAAGGAACCAUCCUACUGGCUACUACUGGGGAAAAUGCUAAAACUGUCUCAACAGAAAACAAAAUCUCCUGUGUGCUACCUGCUGUACCAGUCAGUAGUACUGUUGUGAGGGCAGUAGAUGAUGUGACUGCGAAAGGAACUUCCCUACCAGCUAGUACUGUCCUUGUGAGACAUGCUAAUAGUUUUGUGAAAUUUACUCAGCAUUCCAGGUUUCAAAAUCGAGCGGUAGUUAAGCGUAUUAAUCGGCGGCGCAGUUUGGAUCCUUGUAAUAAGCAGAGGCUGCUGUACAAGGACAGGUUGGGACAAAUGAGACUGCACAGGAAGCGAAGCCUCAGUGAAGGGGCGAGGUUGCGACUGCUUCAGAAGGUGCAAAAAUCACCGGCGGUCAAUUCGACCAGUAGAAAAAUUACUGGUGUCUGGGCCGAAUCUGGCGACAAGGCUGCUCACGGCAGUGCGAGCAGAGUACAGGGAGACUUCCCUGUUGCAAACAUGUGUAUAACUAACUACCUGAUAGCAGAAAGUGAUGUGCCUGUUCCUAGUAAAAAAGAGCCUGUACAAGCAGCUCAGAUCGUAGAGCAUCCCACACCGACAUCCGGUGCGGAAGCUUUACCUGCAGAAGUGGAAGAAGAAUUUGAUCGGGUGAGAGCUACCACUACUGCAGAUUUGGCAGCUAGUGAGUCGUCGGGCAGUAAAGAAAGUGGAGACGAGGCCUCAAUUGCCAGCAGAGAUGAAGCUGUCGUUCCGGGGCCAGGAAGUGACCCACCUGAAGUUAUCGAAGAAUCGAUGGAUACCUUUGCGAAUACAGUUACAAGUGAUAUGGUUGGUGUGGAAGCUUGUGGGGACAUAACAGACAGUAUCACAGACACAGAAAACUCGCUCACAUCAGUAGAGGGACAGGUCUCAGAUUUGACUCCAUCUGAAGUUGAAAUUAAUAAUGCCUUUUCCUUUGGUAAAUGUGAGCAGCAAGAUGCUAGCUGUGCGGAAAGUGCCUCGGACACUGUAGGGGAGGUAGGAAUGGAUGUGGUCGAGGAAAAGAGUAUUCCAGAAAGUGAAUCUGUGGAACCUGCGACACUCAUGAGUGCAGCGGUUGUGGAAGACAACAUUGCAGAAGAUGUGUCCAUGGAGCUUCCUGCGGAAAGUACAUUGCAAGAUGAGGCAAUAAAGACGGAUGAUCUGUUUAUGGACAUAGAGGCCCUGUCAUCAUGUCGAACUGGUGAGCUGGCUUCUUUUGGUUCCGUAACUUGCAACGCAGCACCGACCACGGAACCUGGAACGGAGCAAGAACAGCAGCUCUCCUCAGAUGUGAAGUGCGUCUUGGAAGAAAUUCUGGACCGCAUUGCUAAAAAGGAAUCUGGAGGAAUUACUAAUGAUGAAGACUCGGCAGCUACCAUCAGUGAGGACACACCCGGUGUCACGCCCGAAGUAUCUGACCCGGUGAAGCUCCCUGAGGCGACGCCAGAGGAGCAGGCAGAAAAAGUGUCCAUCCUGUGGGCACUGGGCCUGACGAUGCGCCACGCCGUGCCCCCGCCACCCCCAGUGCCCAAGUCGGCACCUUACACUGGCACGCUCAAGACUGUCAUCAAAGAAAGUACCAAUUGCAAUGAUAUUGUGCAACCGCAGGUGCAGCGAACUUCUCCAGAGAAACGACGCCGUUCGCUGAAAAUGGUGUUGAAGCAGGGCUCGGCACCCAACGGCAGGCGUGAAGGUGGAGGACAUGACUCUGGGGAGGAGAAGGUUGAAUACAGGAUUUGCAAGGAGAAUGAGUUGUUAACAGGGGACCCAAGCAACUUUGGUGUGAAUAACAAGAAGCUGAUUAAGAAUUCAUCCCAUAAGUCCUUUCAUGAACUGAGUACAAAUUCACCAUAUGUCGCAGGUGGCAAGGAUGAGGCCCCAGCAGCUGCACUGGGCACCAGUAGUAUUGAAGGGGUGUCAAAUGGAGCAGCCCCAGGAAAGGAUGACGUUGCAAAGCCGCCAGUAGACCUCAUCAUACCUGAGAAGAGUGCAUCAUUUUCUAUACAUCCUGGCCGACUUUGUUCAGAUGUCUGCUCAUAUUGUUUUGGGAAGUUUGGUUCUCUGGACACCCCAUGCCACAUAGCCCAGCUUAAAACUGCUGAACGACAGCGGAAGGUUCUAGAAAUCGAGACGCACCUCACGGCCGAGUCCUGUCUCUGCGAUGCCUGCUAUCGUCAUGUGGACCGCAAGGCGAACUGUCCGUCAUACAAAGACAACCGCAAGCGUUACCACCGCACUGGCGGAGGGCUCGGAGGAGCGACUGCAAUGUGCGCGGCCCAAGGUUGUGACCAGACUGCAUCGCACCAUGUCCGUCGGAAGUGGCUCCUGAAGCUGAAGAGGAGCAUCAUGAACAAGGUCCCUGUUGACACGGACAAGCCCCAGGCCCACUUCGCACUUUGUUCGCAACAUUUCUCAUGGGUAGACUUCUACAUGGUGUGUGGUAUCUGCAAUCGGAGGCUCGUACGUGCUCACAUGUAUGGUUUGGGCAAUGCGGAAGCCAGAGAACUCAAUGCGGCACUGACCCGAGACGGCAUUCCUGCGCGUGUCAGCUCAGAGCGCUUUCUGUGCAAGCUGUGUCGGUACUAUGCCAGUCUGCGAGCCAAAUGUCGUAACCCAAGUAACCUCACUGGCAACCAAAAGAUGUUUUUUGAUAGCUAUAGGAAAAGGAUACUGCAGUAUCAUGACAUUGAGGUGCCGUCUGGCUCGGAAAAUGAAGAGGGGCCUCAGCAAUCUAAGGAAUCUAGCGGGCAAACUGCGCAGCAACAGUCCUCGUCGACAGGCCAGCCAAAGCCAAAGCGCAGGCGCACCAAGGCAGACAGCUCGACAACGAAGGAGACCCAGGAAACUGCACCGAAGAGUGGAGAUUCGACAGCUAACAACAGUACACGAUUAGAUGACAGUGAUGGAAUCACGGAUGGUACGGCCCAGCAAGGCAGUGGGGCUGUGAUGAUGGAUUACAGCAAUCUGGCCACGUUUGGAAACAACCUCACUGUCACCCCCAUACCUGCGUCUGCCGGGCCAGUCGGUGGGAGACGACAGUCCUCCGGUGCGAGUAGCAGCCACCACGCCGGCGACGAGGACCAGCCGCCACCUGUCCAGGCCAGCUUCGAGUUCCACGGUGCGGGCGGUGCACCACGGGGAGGUGGGGAGUGGGAGCAGUGCACUGCAUCCCUGCAGUUCACGGCUGACACCAAGCGCCUUUUCCAGACGCUCCAGCGGCCCUACGGCUCGCACUCCAGUUUCAUGCGCCACCUGCUACUCUUGGAGAAAUACUGGCGACAAGGUGAUCUGGUCCUGUCGCCGCGCGCUUCUCAUCGAGCAGCUACAUACGUGUCCAGCGUCCAACAUCGUCUCCGUGCCUUCGACUACAAUCCUCUUCAGAGUAACAGUCGUCCCCAGCAAAAGCCCUUGACAUCGUCACCUAGUGCUUCCGAUGCGGCUCGCAGAGGGAUGGUAACGGAAACCAACUCAGUCUCGGUUAUACCAGUGGGAGUGUCCGGUGAACCAGAGCCCCACGUCUUAGAGUUACCACUCCGUUCACCACCUGCCACAGCCAGUCCAUUAGCUGUCCAGGGACAGCACAUAGUCAGUCGAUCCCCCGGCACCAACGGCGGUAUGCGCAAGGUUAUCUUGGAUGGUAAGGUUACGAGUCCCACAGGUGGUUACAUGCUGUCAAUGGGCCGCGGUGGCGUGCUCGUACCGACUAGUGUCAUGCAAGUGGGUGGGAGGACAUACUUGUACACGCCCCCGUCUGCGAGCAACGCGCGGCGGGUAGCAGUCACUGCCUCCGCUCCAGCGACAGCAGCUUCUGCUGGUCGGCUGGUUACAUCUCCGAGUGUCCCUGCCAGCAGUCCAAUUGUCCCGCGUAUAAGCAGUGUGCGGUCACUAGCUCCACGGGCCUGGGACAGGGCGGCUGGUUCAAGCAGUAGCAGCAGUAGUGCCACCACGACUGUAACGACAAAGUCUUCGCAGCCCAGGCUAUCGGUGACAGUUGUGCCCAAGAGUGGUACAACAAGCACCUCUUUGCCAAAAGGUUCUGUCCCUGGUCCAAAACCAAGCACCAUAGUGACACCCACUGGCAUCGUGCUGAGCCGUAACUUAGAUGUCACCAUGUCACCUGUGUCCCCGCAGUAAAAAAACAAAAAGUGUGUUUAUACUUUCAGGUGACCAAUGACAUCAAAGUGCUAUUACGUUACAGCAGUCUUGGUUCCAACGUACACAUCAGAUGGAAGCUGAUUGUCAACAACAUAGGCACUGGCGUGAAAUGGUUUUAUGAAAAUUGUGCAAAGCAUUGCUCACUUUGCCUCCGAUUUUAAUCCACUGGUAUUUAGUAAACUGUCGCUCUGUCAGAGCUUAAAUGCUUCAUACACUUUUCACCUGUCGUGGGCACAUUUGUGCCUUUAUUUCCUGUCAUGUAUUUGACAAUAUCUGUAAAGACUUGUUAUUGAAAUUUUGCCCUGUAGUGGUGUGGAGUAAGAUUAUUUUUAUGAAUUAUUGCCAGUUUGUAAGCACUGAAGUAACUGCAGGUAGAUAACAAGAUACCAUUGUUAUAUGUGAUAUUUCUGAUAGAGACAAUUCAUUUUAGCUUUUUAAAACUGUCAUAGGAGGUUUAUCACAGAACUUGUUCACUCACUUAUAUCUGUGGAAUGGACUGAUGUUAAUAUUUGGUUCAGUUUUAGGAAAUUUGUGUGUAUAGAGAAUGUCUCUUCAUGUACAGUGAAUGCCCAUGAUUCUCAUGGGCAUUGCAGAAAGUGAUGUACUUAAGUGUGUGCACAUGUGCAAAAUCUCGCAUAGGUAUUGAUAUAGUCAAAAAGUGAUAAACAAACUAGGAUAUGUUAAAUUGUGACAUUGUUUGAACUGUGGUAUCAGUUUUAGUGAAUAUUUCCUUCGAAUUUGCUUCAAUUUCGUGUUUCUUGAAGGUGUCUGGAAAGUUACAGCCCGUCUUUUUGGGUCUGCUGCUACUGGUGAAUAUAUUUGUCAGUAAUGUGAAUUGUCAUAUGUUUAAAAUCCUUUUCUCGUCAUAUAUGGAUACAAAGGUUCCAGCUGUGAAUUGGGGUUGCAACAGAUUUAAUUGAUGUUGGUGCAUUUUGUUGCUGUGAUUCCUAAAAGAUAUUUUUUACAUUUGUUGAUAUCUUGUAUAUGUUUGUUUGUUGUCAUAGCAGAGACUGUUUUAAAAUGAGAGAAAAGUAAUUUUAGACUGAAAUAUGUGUCAUUUGCUUGGUUUUCAACCAAUGUCGGAUACAAGAAGUUGAUAUUAAUCAGGAAAGAUUCCAUGCGUUUUUUUUUUUUUUUUUUAAUGCUGUUUUGUUUGUGUACUAGACAGUUUUGGUGUAAUCAAAAAGAAAACAUUUUAAGCAUUAUUUGUAGCUUGCUUGUAAUAAAGUUUCAUAUUCAUUUUCCUUGUAAUCUGAAAAUUACUGACAACAUGGCUACAGUUAUUUAUGCGUACAGUUGGUGACAUUUUAGCACUGUCACACACAAAUCAUUUAAAAGUUUUUUCCUUCUGGGCAGACUCCUUGAGCAGUUAAUUUUUUCAGCGAGUAAUACAAUUUCUGAGAAAUCUUGUUUUAAUUCUUGUUUCAGAUGGCUAGGGAAAAAAAAAUCUUGAGUCAGGUCUUUUUGGAAGAACACUUUGUCUUCAUUGUGCCUGAAAAUAUUUUUGUCACAUGUGAGAGCUGUAGUUAUAAACGUAGCUUGCUCAAAUGUUACAUUUGUCCUGUCUGAAUAAUAAAAAGCUUUUCAUAAAAGUGGCAGAUGUAAUUACAUUGUAAAACUAAUGAAUAAGUAUUUUCUUGGCUUACAAAGAUUGUUCUUAACAGUUUUUCAAGAAUCUGUAUUUUGUUAGCUUCAGAUGUGUGUACUGUUUCCUUGUAAAAAGAAAAAAGUUGUUUAGUAAGUAAGCUCAUAGUGUCACUCCUAAUCUAUUGAUUCUUUUCAGUGUCUUGUUUCUCAGUGAAGUAGUGCUACAUUUGAGAUUUCCUCCCAUAUCUUUGGGAAUCUAUGAGACUCAGUAAGGCAAGAAAAGAUUAAUUCAUCAGUUUUUGUAAUUUGUAUCAAUAAGGAGGAGUAAUGUGUGUAAAAACAAACAAGCAAUAGUUAAAAAUCAUCCUGAGUUAUGUAAAUACAGUAUAAGAAUUAGAAUGGUAAUGUUAAUAGCUCUUUACUUUUUUUAAAGAGCAGUAUCAAAUACAUUUCAAUGAAAAUGAUUUGUAAAUAUAUAAAUAUGUACGUAUACACCAACCGCAUUUGCGGUCGAGUAGUAGCACCAUUAUUUUUGACCUGUGGGAAAUGGUAUUCAUUGAAAUCUUGUCUUAACUAGGUCGGCAUUUUGGGCUGUAAAGCUGCUGGAAUGUGGUAGAAUUUUGAAAUGUUACAAGCAAUUAAAAAGCUUCAUAUUUAUUUAUCUCUCUAAUAUUUCAUAAUUCCACUUUGUAAAACCCCUUUGUUAGUGAAAGUCAUUUUCAGUUAAGUGUUUCACCCCACUUCAGUUCUCUUCCUUUAAAUUUUGUCAGUCUGUAUAUGUUUGUUACUUUGUGUAAUAGCAUCAGGUUGUCACCAGACUUUCUAUCCUAUUGGAGUACCAUGCCAUACCAGAAAUUUCUAGUGUUAAUAGUUACUACAGGAAUCAAAUUACACUACUAUGUGAGAUGAAGUGGUUUUGCUAAGUAGUUUCCCCCUUUUACAGUGAUGCCCUUCAGCUAAUAAUACCAGUACUUCUUCACUUUACUGUGUAAAAUAUAUUGUGUUAAUCUAAAUUUGUAUUAUCAGUCAUUUUAGAAUAAUAUGAGCAAAUGUGUGCACAUAGAACUUUUGAGUCUUUACUUGUGUGAGUACUCACCAUCUCACUUGUACAUCUUUACAGACAGCAGAAGCCUUCCAUUGGAAGCACUGUUAACUGAAAUUGUCCUCUCACUGAAUACAGUCCAAAACUUGUAUUAUUAAGCUGGCUUCCAGUGUGGAUUUGCCAAUGAAAUUAUUCAGUGUAGAUGUUGUCAGCACAAACAUCUAAGACUUUGUUUAUCUGGCAGCUUUAAAGACCAGGACAGCCUGAAAUGCCAUUUGGCUCCAAACACUGAUAGUUCUGGAAAUUCUGUAUUUAUAUUUUUGUGACAACUUACCAUGAUAUGUAUAUAAUCUUCCUUAAGGCAAGUGCCUUGUGAAUUUUGUUUGCACACAAGUGUGUUAAAGCCUGCUAAAGCACUUAUUGUGUCCAUAUUUAAAACAGAUUUAUGAAGGCUUAGGAAGAUUUCAUAGAAAAUUUCUUUGAAGUUAAAAAUAAGUACCUAACAGUAAAACAAUAUGAUGAAGCAUGCAAUUACUAAUAUAUGGCAAGUCAAUACAUUACUUGUAAUCCGCAGUAUUUGGAGUCAGAAAGUGGUAAUUAUCCAUAGCAACUAGAACAGCCAGUAACUUAUGUAUUUAAUAAAAUAAUAUUUUAAAAACUAUGGAACAGAGUUGUGCUAACACAUAUCUCAGUCUGCAUUGAUGUACCUGGUUUGUUACGUUAAUACAGACAUGGUACAACUCAAUCUACCUAUGAAAAGGAAAUUGUUUCUAAUUACAACUGUGGGCAUUAAAUGCCCUUUCCAUUCAGUCAUGGAAAUAAGAAGUGCAGCAAAGUGCUAUGAUCUUUACAGGGUGAGCUUCAGGAACAAUAUUUCAGUUUUUUUUUUUUUUUUUUUCCAGAGAAAAGAUAAUUUUAUGGAAUAUUUUAUCUAUAUAAUGAAAUUUGUUCAGAAAUUUCAUUAUUACAAGCUAAGUAACCUUAAUUUUAGACACUAGCUGACAGUUGAUAGAUUUGGUUGUAAAUGUGUGUUUCAUUAUAUUUUUUUUUACUGUUGGUUACCAUUUCCAUAAUGCCGGUAGUUAAAAUAAUGUUUCUUUUUUUUUACCAUUGUUAUUUGUACCACGUACCAGGACUGCAUAAUCACUUAUUAAUAUUUGCACAUGUUGUUCCAUUGCUAUUGCAGGCAGAUGUUAAAUGAACCGAAAAUACCUAUUUUAUUUUUAAAGUUUUUUGACCAUCUUAAUAAUUAUGUUCAAUGAAAAGUGCACUUGUUUCGAAAUGCCUGUAAAAAGAAUUAUAUUUUUGCAUGUAGUGUUAAUUAUGUCAGGUUCAUCAUAAUAGUGCCUAUUUAUCACAUACUGUACCUUAUUUUAUGAUCUACC